AUGAACGACGAAAGAAUCAGAAUAUGUGAAUUUAAUGAUAAAUGUUAAAUUUAAAAUUGUAAGAAUUUGCAUAGCUUUGACUAAGGGUUCUUUUAUAAGGUGUAAUUGGAAAAAGCAAAGCAUUAAAUUGUAUAUUGAUUUGAAUAUUAAGAAAUGUAAUAAAAACUGCGAAAACUUUAAUACUUGUUUGGAUGUGCAUAAGAAUGAAAGGCUAAUCAUUUAAUGUUAAAAGAAUUGCGAUGAUUCAGACUGCAUUUUCACUCAUGAGACGAAUAUCCAUCAAAAUGAAGAAAGCUUAUAAAAUGCAAAUCGAUAUAAAGAAUAGGGAAAUGAGUUAUAUAAAAAAGGAGAAUACGAGAAUGCAAUAUCUGCUUUUGAUCAGGCUAUUGUAAUACAAAUAAUAAUUAUAUUCAGAAACACAAUAACUAAAUGUCUGUACUCUUUUCAAAUAAGGCAUUAUGUUAUAAGAAAUUGCAAAUUUGGAAAUACGUCAAAGAUCUAUCCAUCUAUGCCUUAAAACUAGAUGAAAAUAAUUAUAGAGCAAAAUAUUUAGAAGCCAUUUCCACAGUAGAACUUAUAAAAUAAAAGCCAACAUCAUCGAUACUAGAUGUCUUGAGAAACCAACUAUAAACCCUUUAAUUCAGUAUAUUUUACUCUCCUAUUAUAGUUGAAAUAUAGGCCUUAAGUAGAUAGGUAUAUUCCUUAAUGAAUCUAAGCAAUGAGAAAAAUAAAAUUGAAUUCCUCAUUGAACAAAUGAAAAAGUCAGAAGCGGAUCUAAAAUUGUUGAAAUAUGUAGAGAAUUCAGAAUUGCCAUAUGAAUAAAAAGAGAAUCUUGUGUAAUUCCUAUGGUCCAAAAUUUUACAAGAGCAAACUAUUUUAUAAACUUUAGGACAUGAGGAUGAUAUGCCUCAGUAUUUAACUUGUCCAAUCACAUUUGAAGGUUUUAGUGAUCCUGUGUUAACUGAUAGCGGAUAAACUUAUGAAAGAUUAGUUCUUGAGAAUCAUACAAAAAAAAAUGGUUAUUUUGAUCCUUGCACUAGAAAGCCAUUGAAGCAUUAUUAUAUAUCUAACUUGUAAAUACUAUGGGCUAUCCAAACCUUUUAAAAGAAGAAACAACUUCAUCUGUAAACAAUAGAAGCCAUUUCAUUUGAAUGA